AUGCCCUCAGACGACUACACCACCGUCGCCCGCGGGCCUCUCAAGUUCAAGGGCGUGGUGGCCGGGGGUAAAGUCAAGAAACAUAAAAAGAAGAAGGACAAGACGGACCUGGAGAAAAAUCUAUCGACCGGCGGAGACAACAACAAGUCGCCAGACAUAAACGACGAUGACGAGAAGAAGCAAUUACAACUGAGAGAGGGUAGCGCAGAUGUAGAGAAACGGGAACGAAGAACAAGUCAAAGCCAGGAAAGAGAAGAAGACGAGACGAAAACCGAGGCGGAGAGGAGGUUUCUGGAGGCUAAGAGGAAGAGGCUAAAAGAAAUGACCGAAUCUGGCCGCGUCCGCCCCGAGCUGCUCAAGACACACAAGCAGCGCGUGGAGGAGCUGAACGCGCACCUGUCGCGCUUGAGCGAGCAUCAUGAUAUGCCCAAGAUUGGACCUGGUUAA